AGAUUGCCGAUAUCCACGGUGUGAGUAAAUCCUCCGUCUGCAGAGCAAUCCACGCAACAACAGACGCAAUAUGUGCAACCAUGGGUGAUUUUGUAUUUCCCACAAUGCCUUCCACCCAGAAGAGUACCAAAGAAUCAUUCUUCGACAUAGCUGGAUUCCCUAAAGUACUCGGUGCAAUUGACUGCACACUCGUACCAAUAAUGGCGCCGAAACGUGACGAAGUAGCCUACGUUUGUCGGAAGGGUUACCAUGCACUGAACAUACAGGCAGUAUGUGAUGCCAACAUGAGAUUUACAAACUGUGUCUUCAAGUGGCCUGGCUCUGUCCAUGACAGUUAUAUAUGGAAUAACUCUGCCCAUGGUCAGUACUUUGAAAAGAAGAAUAUUGAUGGAUGGCUACUUGGAGACUCUGGAUAUGCCUGCAGACCAUGGCUGCUGACCCCUGUGCUCAAUCCCAGCUCAGAAGGACAGGAGAAAUACAAUAGAUGCCAUAUCAAGACACGGAACACAAUAGAGAGAGCAUUUGGCUUGUGCAAGUCAAGAUUUAGGUACGGUUUAAAGUGGCAACAGUAAGUUCGUAAUGUAACCAAGAAAUUAUUGUAAGUGAAAUAGUUAAAUAUUGAAAGUACAGUUACAUGAGGAAAACAUGUAAUAGUAUCUAUUCAUGGUAUCAUUCUUGAAAACUUGAAAAAAAAUAAAAUGGAGUUACUUCUUAUCUCAAAUUGAGCUUUUUUAAGUUGUUGUAGUAUUUCAAAAGAAUUGUUAAAAAACAUUAUCAACUUAAUUUUGAACAAACUCAUAGCCUGUCUAACAGGCGUCUGUGAAGAAGUUGGGAAAAUAACUUAUAAUACAGAAAAUGUGUUUCAUCACAUUGCCUUCACAAGACAACUGGUGUAUUACAAUUCACCCCAGAAAGGAGUUUGUGUGUUUUCCGGGCUUGUUUCUUGUUGCAUAACAUGUGUAUCAUUGAAAGACUGCCACUUCCCAAGGGCAUUGAGCUACUCAGAGGAGAGGGAACUGCUACAUAGUUGCGAUGUGCAGAUGAUUUCGCAACAACAAGCUCUGGUUGUGAUGGACUGUCAGCAAGACAUCAAUUAAUUUUGCAUAAAUUCACUUAAAUUACAGCCUUAUGCUAUUGUUUUCAUCAUUUAUAAUAAGCACAGGAAUAUAAAUCAUGAGAUGUAAGUGACUUUCUACUCUGUAUUACUAGACAGUCAUGACUUAAUAUAAUUUCAUAUUAUACAAAAAAAUU